AUGCAAACGCACUGCGGGCGUACUUUAGGGCAAAAGGGGAAGAAACUGGAUGUUUGGCGUAUCGGGCUAGGAUGCAUCGUCUUUUUGCUGAGCUGGAGCCACCAUUUAAUCGUCACAGAGCAAAACCUGGCAGACCGAGUUCGGUAUAUCUUGCGCUCAAAUAUAUUUGAUGUCGCCGAACUCGAACGGCUACGACGUGAGGCUGUUCCCUCGUCGGAUGAGAAUGCUACGGCUGAGGAUGCGGCGCCACAAAUGGUAGAGCAACCCGCAAACGUGGAUGCCGCCGUGAAUACCCCAGUUGUGGUUGAUUCAAACGAUGAUGGAACAGUCGCCCAGGAACUGGAAUUAGAGCAUAUGAGGAGUAUAUUGGAAGAGGCGAUUGUGGAAACGCGCAGUACGCCUCUCGAAAAUCGACCGCGACUUUCCCGCAUAGCCCUAAGCAAGCGGAAUCGGGCUGUCGUGAGGGCUCUGAACCCAAUGCUGGUUACCUAUUUGGAAGCCAGCCGGGACCUUUGCGAGACGGACUCAAUUCUUUUUGGCGCCGCGCUGGCAGUCUGCCGUAUCAUAGGCGCCAAGGUUUCCACGGCUGGACGCGCUACUGGCCAUAGUAGCGCUAUCCCAGCAUGGAGAAGAAGAAUUGAGGAACGUAUCGCAAAGGCUAGAGCUCUCAUCGGCAGACUGAUAUGCUUCAGAUCAGGCAACAACAGGCCAAGAAUUGUGCGCACCGUCAGGAUGGCGUUUGCUGGGACAAAUGUCAGUUUGUCCCAGCCGGAUAUAACGCAAAAACUGACGGAGCGCAUAGAUGAUCUGAAGCAGAGAAUCGCUGCUUGCGGAAAGCGGAUUCGGCGAUAUACCGAGAGGUCGACACGGUUCAACCAGAAUCGUCUCUUCCAGAGUGAUCAGAAGAGGCUCUAUGAAUCAUUGGAGCGACCAAUGGUAAGUGGAACGGGUCCAGCACCGAAUCAGGCCGACACUGUAGCAUUCUGGCGCGGCCUGUGGUCAGAGCCCGUAAACCACAGCGAGGGCCCUUGGACGGAAGUUGUGGCGAGUCAGUGUGCGGGUAUUACGCCCAUGGACCCCGUCAUCAUAACGCCGGAUGACGUAGCUGGGGCGGUUCGUAAGGCCCCGAACUGGAAAAGUCCGGGGCUUGACGGGCUGCAUCACUACUGGCUGAAGGGGUUCAUGGUGUGUCACUCUGUGCUCGCCCGACAGUUUCAAGAGGCUCUCAACCAGAAGUCGCUCCCAAGCCUCUUCACUACUGGGAUCACUCAUUUAGUUCCUAAAGACCAGGAUUAUUAUAAUAAAAAUUAUGAUAAAUAUUACCCUACAAUGGGAAUGGCUUGUGUCCAUGAGAGGAAUUUUGUGGGCAACAAGACGAAGAUGAAUGUAGAUGAUAAUUAUCUAGCCACAUGUUAG